UUGUUCAGGGGAAGAGAAACUUGUUGCGCACUUUUGAACAAGCCUUCAAUAUAUUCAGUUGCUGGGUGUGCGUCUGCACUCUGAGCUUUUAUGAAUCUCCCCCUGGCUGCAAAGGACUAUACUUAUGAUUCUCAAGUCGUGCAGGCAAGAAAUUGAUUCCAGAUUACGGAAAAACAACUGAUCCACGAGAGGACAACAGGAUUUGGGCCUGCAGCUCAGCAUUGACAAAAAAUGUCAAAAUAUGUAAUUUUGUGGAUGUGUGUUGGUGUACUGUCCACACUUUUGCCGGCUGUGGGGGCCGUUGAAUGUUCGAAUGAGAUGGAAACACAACUGAGACUGAGACCAAGCCUGAGCUCCAGAGCCGGGCCACAGCUGACCAACUGCUUACUGGAGUGCACCCGGAUGACAUACUACAAUAAACUGCAAAUUCAGGACAAUAACAACAUACGGCUUAAAGACUCCACAGAAGGAGACCUCGGGGAAUACUGCUGGUCUAAGGAGCUCAAGUGUACCCUGGGGGAGAGCUUUCUGCGUGCCUAUGUGGUGUUGCCCAUGGAUAUAUCUGCUGCUGGACACGAGCAGUUGGAAGUGAUAGCCAGUGCCCCCGUUGCCACCAAACUGCACAUACACGCCAGCCCCACCACAGUCCCAGAGAGCUGCGGCCUGCGUUACGAUGUCACAGAGCACUUCGGCACAGGGGAGUCAGAGACGUCAUUCUGCGUCAAGCUCAGCACCCAGGAAGACAUCCUGGGGGACAGCGUUCUCAGAUGUCCCCCCUAUCUGGUCACCUUCUGGAAGAGAGGUCCAAACCAGUCCAACCAACAAGGUGAUGGAUAAAACAUCAGCGAUGGAAUAAGUUCUCAGAACUUUUACCUUGGAAAAAAAGCACUACUGCAUUAAAUUGUUACUUUAGUACACGUAUGUAAGUACACGUAUGUAAGUACACGUAUGUAAGUACAAUCUAUAGCCCAAAAGUAUCUUGUUAUACUUCGAUAUGAUGUAUUUUUUUUCUAAAUCUUAUUAAUGAAUUUAGGUCUAAGCAGCUUUUUACAGUUGUAGUUUGUUGAGGUUAAGUUGAUUUAUAAUAAUUGGAUAUAAGGUUGCAACUAAUAAUGAUAGUUAUUAUGUAUUAAUCUCCUUGUUUUUUUCCUAAUGGAUUAAUUGUCUUUUCCAAGUUAGAAAACAUCACAAAUAGCACAAUACCAUUUUCCAAAUCUAAAUUAUCAAACAUAAAAGCAAAUUCUCACAUCUGCGAUUGUGACAAAACUGUCAUUACAGAAUGAAAAUGACACAAAAAAUAAUUGGCAAUUAAUUUUCUGCCAAACACCUAAACAAAUUUUACAUAAUGUCAUAAAAAGCUAUGCUUAUAUGCAAAACUCUGCAUUUGUUAAAAAUCUAUAGUUAUUAAAAACAAUCAAAACAAAACACCUUAUCAAUAUCACAACAUAAAGUAUUAUUACGUCGAAAUACAGUAUUUAAUUACAAAUACUUCAAAUUUGUACUUCAGCACAGUGCUUGAGUAAAAGAGAUUAUGGUUACAUUCCACAGCUGUUAUUGCAAGGUUAACUGAACACUGGCUGGUGGUGGGGGUUUAUUCAACAUGGUUUAUAUAAGCUAUUAACUUUAUAAGAACUGCAUCUGAAUAUGUUAAAGUUCGACUUAUAUUAUAACCACAACCAACGACACAGACAGUUAUUGGUAAAUCGAUGCAGGAUCAGAAUGUAAUUUAUUGAGAUGCUACUAAGAUAUUGAUAAUGGGCCCUCUGGAGGUUUGUUUUUGUAUAGGUUCAAUUUGAACUUUUCCUCUUUAUAUUGUUCUGUGUGACGGAUUUUGUUGACAAAGGAUGUUUUUGUUAUAUUUACUUUAUGUACGUGAUGCAGUAAUAUAUCAUUUUGCUUCUUUUAUUUUAUGGUCAACAUUAACUUUCUUUGGAUGUGGUUUUCUAAGACAGAUGUUUUGGACGCCGAGUAAAUGAUGUUUCCUUUAUGUGAUGUUAAAAGAAUGUUCUGGUUUUAAAAGUCCUUUUUUGAUCACAGAAAGUAGAUUUAUAUCACUUUGCAUGAAUCUAUGUUACAGACGAAUAGAUGUUCACCAGAAAAGCUGCAAGGAAUGGUUAGUGUUUUGUUAGAUGAAUUCACUGGCAAUAAGAGUCAUGCAAAAGGUCCCUGUUACAUGAAGAAUGUAAGUAUGAGAUGUUAAUUGUUGUAGGUGUGCAUGUAAACUUUAUUUUCCUUUUACACUACCUGUUUAUUGUGUGUCAGUGUUAUAAUUAUUAAAAAAUUACAUUACAACCAAUGCAUACCUGAUUCCUUUUACAAUUAACUGCAAAACAAAUUAACAAAUACUUUUUGACAAAUUGUGUGGGAAUCUUCUGAGAUACAAAGUAUUAUUAUAUUUGGAAUACUAAUAGUGCAAACUAUCUGUGUGUAUCAUGUGUUUGUCUGAUUACUGUUCACCUGUAUAUUAGCCUGUGUCACUGUGUGUUUGCCUGGUUGUGAUAUUAUGUGAAGUCUCAAUCAUCCUGCCACUGAUCGUGUGCUCAAAAUGGAAACAUGAAACAAGAAAGCAUGGAGUACCACCUACUGGCUUUUAAUUAUUUCAUUUUUCAUGACAUUAUAAGGUAAACUUUGUUUGACUAUUCAACAAAAUGUUUGUGAAUAAAGGGAGCACCUCUUUCACAUUU